ACUUGGUUUUAAUUGUACUUUGAUUACUUAUAAUAAACUUAUGGUAUAUCUGCCAUUUAUAAUCAUAAAUGGAACAAUAAUAUCCAUAAUGUCUGAUGAAACUUUGGCUAUAGUAAUAGACACCGGAUCUUCAUCCAUAAAAGCCGGUUUUGCAGGUUCAGAUGUCCCUAAAACCAGAAUUCCUACAAUUGUUGGAGUGGAUAAUGAAGAUGACGUCGUAGUUGGUCAAUCUGCCUUUGAAAGACAAGGAAAUGUUGGACUAUUCAGACCCAUUCAACAUGGUAUUGUUCGAAAUUGGGCACUGGCUGAAAGUGUUUGGGAACAUGUUUUUGCAAAUGAGUUAAAAGUAUCGCAGGAAGACCAUCCAGUGUUACUGACAGAGCCUCCACUAAAUCCGAAGUUACACCGAGAAAGAUGUUGUCAACUGUUUUUUGAAUCAUUUCAUACACCAGCUCUAUAUCUUGCUCCAACAUCAUUGUUGUCACUGUAUAGCUCUGCUAAAACAAGUGGAUUUGUUUUAGAUAUAGGUGAAGGCGUUGCUCAUUCAGUUCCUAUACACGAAGGUUGUAUAAUGCCUUAUACAAUAGUGCGUUUAGACAUUGGAGGAUUUGAUUUAACUUCUCAUUUGAUAUCCCAGAUUGAAGUUUUGAAGCAAAGUGGUUUUGAGGGAAGAAGAAUCGCAAAUUUGAUAAAAGAGGAAUGUUGCUAUGUUUCAAAAGAUUUCGAUAAGGAAAUUAAGGAAAUGGAAAAAAAUCCUAAUUUAUUUAAAAAAGAAUAUACGUUACCAGAUGGUACUAAAAUUAAUUUGGUUAAGGAACGCAUAACUUCUCCUGAGUUACUAUUCAAACCAGAAAUUGCUGGUAGAAACUGUCCUAACCUGGCUGAAAUAUGUUACCAUUCCGUAAGGAUGUGUUCACCAGAACUACAUAGAACUAUGUUUAGCAAUAUCCUACUAACUGGCGGUACAACGUUGUUUGAAGGAUUUUUGGAUCGUUGUGAAUAUGAAAUUGGGGCGCUGGUUAACAAAAAUGUUCCGGUGAAAGUAAUAUCAUCAACACAUCCCCGUGAUAUUGCAGUUUGGAUCGGUGGCUCUAUCAUCGCAAAUCUUCCAAAUUUUCAACCAAUGUGGGUUACUAAAGAGGAAUAUGAUGAAGCUGGGCCAACAGUUAUUCAUCGUAAAUGCUUUUAGAUG